UCAAAAGGAUACAACACCAUAAAUCCUAAUAGUGAUAUCUUCUCUCUGAGCCUUCACAACACAAAAAAAAUUAUAAAAUGGGGUGUGCUUUAAGGAAACAAGAAAGAAUAUAUGAAGAUCAAGCUUUACUAGCAGCUCAAACACAUUUUUCUUUGGAAGAUGUGAAGUCAUUAACUGAACUCUUCAAAAAAUUAAGUUGUUCAAUUUGCAAUGAUGGCUUUAUUAGCAGAGAAGAGUUCCAGCUUGGAUUAUUCAGAGAUAACAGAAAACAUUCUUUGUUUUCAGACAGGAUGUUCAACUUGUUUGACUCCAACAAGGAUGGGCUAAUUGACGUUGGAGAAUUUAUCCGUACACUAAGUAUCUUUCAUCCUGAUGCUUCACAAGCAGAAAAAAUUGUUGUUGCAUUUAACCUAUGUGAUAUAUGGCAAACAGGCUUUAUUGGACGUGAAGAGGUGAAGGAGCUUAUUUUUGGGCUAUUAUAUGAGUCAGAAUUGAUACUCACUGAUGAUAUUGUUGACGUAAUUAUCAACAAGACAAUUGAAGAGGCAGAUUCUAAAGGGGAUGGAAAGAUAGAUAUAGAAGAGUGGAAUAAUUUUGUAGCUCAUAAUCCAUCUUUGUUGAAAAAUAUGACAAUUCCAUAUCUCAAGGAUAUCACAAGUACAUUUCCUAAUUUUGUGGUAAAUACACAAAAGAAUGAUGAGAUUUACAAGGAUUUCUGAGUUAUAAAAGUGGCAACAUGGCUACUAACCCUUCAAGAAUAUAGUUGUUUUGGUAAGGGAGCAUUUAUCUUCAAAGCAAGACUUUUCAAAUUAAUUAGGCCUCAUAUAAUAGGAAUGUUGAUUAAAAUGACUCAAAUGAAGGUGCAGAGAAUCGAACCCUGUGCCUUUCGCAGGCGAAGCAGGGCUCCAUCAUUUCAAAAGUCCAAGCAACAUAACUUCCUUCCUGCGACUCAAUAAUAGUUUCACCUUCUUUCAGCUGCAACUACUGGCGUGCCAUCAAAUAAUGUGGGAAGAAAGUAUGAAGACAUACCCAUCUUUUACGGCC